AUGACUCCAUACACAGGCGAGGCGAUCAUGGACUACAUGCCUCAGGAACGUGAGCGUGGCAUCACAAUCACGGCCGCUGCCACGACGUGUUUCUGGAAGGGCGGAUAUCGCAAGUUCCCACAGCAUCGCAUCAACAUCAUUGAUACGCCCGGUCACGUGGAUUUCACUGUUGAGGUGGAACGUUCUUUAAGGGUUUUGGAUGGCGCUGCGGCAGUUUUCGAUGGGGUGGCUGGCGUCGAGCCGCAGUCCGAAACUGUUUGGCGUCAAGCAAAUAAUUAUCACAUCCCACGUAUCGCAUAUGUAAAUAAAAUGGACCGAGCAGGCGCCAGCUUCGAGAAGUGUGUAAAAGAGAUGGAAGAGAAGCUCGGUGCCACCCCGGUACCUGUUUUUAUCCCUGUGGGCGCCGCGGCCAGCUUUCAGGGUGUGAUUGACGUAAUCACGCGCAAAUUCUACAAGUUCGAUAAGGAUAAAGACGCGUUCGACUACACCCAAGCGCCAGUGCCGGAUGACAUGCAGGAGGAACUCCAGCACUAUCGUACGCACAUGCUAGAUUACGCUGCACAGGCCAAUGAGGAACUCCUAGAUCACUACAUCACCAACGGUGAUUUAACGGAGGAGCAAAUCCGCAGCGGACUACGCAUUAUGACCCUGGCCAACCGUAUCGCCCCCGUCUGUGCUGGGAGCUCCCUUAAAAACAAGAACAUACAAGGAUUCCUUGACAUGAUCGUGGACUACCUCCCGUCGCCAUGUGAAGCGAAUAAAAUGUCCAUCCACGCAAAUAAGGACGAGAGCGGUACAGACCCAGAAUCAACGUCGCAACCUAUCGCAAAGGAGCUCGAGGAACGCCAAGUGACAUUUGAUACCAACGAUUUCAACCUGCCGUUCGCCGCGUUGGCAUUCAAGAUAUCGCACGAUACACAAAUCGGCACCCAAGCGUACAUCCGGGUGUACCGGGGCCAAGUGAACGUUGGAGAUGUCGUGUACAAUACACGUACGAAAAAGGGUAACAAGGUGCAGAAGCUGCUGUUUAUACACUCCAACGAACGCAAACACCUCAAGACGGCCCAUGCUGGGGACAUAGUCUCUCUGGUGAGCCUCACCGCCACAAAACUAAUCUCGUUUCAGGUCGGGGUGAAGGACGUGAUCACUGGUGAUACUCUGUGCAACGAGAAGGAACCACUGUUGUUGGAAUCCAUCGACUUCCCUGAGCCGGUGAUAAGUCUAAAGGUCGAGCCUGAGGAUCCCAACGAGCUGGAACGAAUGUGCGACAUGUUCCGGAAGUUCAUGAAGGAAGACCCGUCGUUCCGCAUGUACAUGAAACCGGAAACACAGGAGACAAUCAUCAGUGGUAUGGGCGAGCUGCACUUGGAUAUUAUUGUGGACCGGAUGCGGCGUGAGUACAACCUGCCGGUGAGAACGGGUUCUCCUCAAGUAGAAUUUAAAGAGACUUUCGUCAAAGCUACACACGCUGAGGGACGCUAUGUGAGGCAAUCGGGUGGCCGUGGACAAUAUGGUCACGUGAAACUGUACGUUGAACCGCUCGAGCAGGGUGAAGGCGUGCAGUUCCGCAACAACAUCACUUGUGGGGCUAUUCCACAGGAGUUCAUUCCGGCGGUUGAGGCUGGUGCCCGCCAACAGUUCCAGGAGGGACUGUUGGCCCACUAUCCCGUUACUGACGUGCGAGUUACGCUACUCGACGGGACAUUCCACAUCGUGGACAGCUCCGAGUUCGCCUUCCACACCGCAACUACAAUGGCGAUUAGGGAUGCCGGUCGCGACGCGGGUGUCAAGCUGCUUGAGCCCAUAAUGAAGGUUAAUGUGGUAUGUCCGUUGGCCAACUUCGGCACGGUAAGGGGGGAUUUGCUUCGUCGCCGAGGCCAGGUGCACACCAUUAAGGACGGCUUCGGCGGGGUCAAGGAGAUAUCUGGGACCGUCCCACUGCAGGAGAUGAGCGGAUACAUGACCGAGCUGCGUUCUAUGAGUCAGGGGCGCGGAUUCUACACCAUGCAAAUGUCCCACUACCACCCAGUACCCCCAGUGGUACAGGAGAAGAUUGUGGACUCUAGCCUAAAGCGAACAACCUGA